GAGUCCGGCGGCAGCGGCCUCCGGGGCUGGGGUCCGUCUCGGCGGCAGCGGCGGAAGUCUCGCGAGGGAGCGCGGCCGGGAUUUGGCGGUGCUGCCUCCCUCCCUCCUCCCUCCUCCCUCCCUGCCUGUCGCUGGCUGCGAGGCGCUGGUGUUUGUGUGGAAGGGGGAGGAGGAGGAGAAGGAGGGCAGGCGAAAGGAGCCCGAGCCCCACCAUCCGCCGAGGGGAGCGGACCGGAGCCCCCUCGCCGCCCGCGGAGCUCUCUUUCCCUCCCCUCGCCCCGCCAUGGCCUCGGGAGACACCCUGUACAUCGCCACGGACGGCUCAGAGAUGCCGGCCGAGAUCGUGGAGCUGCACGAGAUCGAGGUGGAGACCAUCCCGGUGGAGACCAUCGAGACUACCGUGGUGGGCGGCGAAGAGGACGAGGAAGAGGAGGAGGAGGAUGAGUGCUGCGAGGAGUGCGGCCCGCACCACCCGCCCCAUCACUACCACCACCACCAGCCCAUGAUCGCGCUGCAGCCGCUGGUGUCGGACGGGGACCCCAGCGGGGCGGGCGGCGGCGCGGCCGGCGGCGGCGGGGGGCAGCUCCACCUGCACCACCACCACCAGGAGGUGAUCCUGGUGCAGACCCGCGAGGAGGUGGUGGGGGGAGACGACUCGGACGGACUGCGGGCCGACGACGGGUUCGAGGACCAGAUCCUCAUCCCCGUGCCGGCCCCCGCCGGGGAGGACGAGUACAUCGAGCAGACCCUGGUCACUGUGGCCGCCGCCGGCAGCAAGAGCGGAGGCGGCGGUUCCUCCUCGGCCGGCGGAGGAGGCCGCGUUAAGAAGGGCGGCAGUGGCAAGAAGAGCAGCAAGAAGAGUUACCUGAGCGGGGGAGGCGGCGGCGGGGCUGAGGGCGGCGGCGGCAGGAAAUGGGAGCAGAAACAGGUGCAGAUCAAGACCCUGGAGGGGGAGUUCUCGGUCACCAUGUGGGCCUCGGAUGAUAAAAAGGAUAUUGACCAUGAAACAGUGGUGGAAGAGCAGAUCAUUGGAGAGAAUUCUCCUCCAGAUUACUCAGAGUACAUGACAGGGAAGAAACUUCCUCCUGGUGGAAUACCUGGCAUUGACCUCUCAGACCCCAAGCAACUGGCUGAAUUUGCUAGAAUGAAACCAAGAAAAAUUAAAGAAGAUGAUGCUCCACGAACGAUAGCUUGUCCUCACAAAGGCUGCACAAAGAUGUUCAGGGACAACUCUGCCAUGAGGAAGCAUCUGCACACUCAUGGCCCUCGAGUACACGUCUGUGCAGAGUGUGGCAAGGCCUUUGUGGAGAGCUCGAAGCUAAAGCGGCAUCAGCUGGUUCACACCGGAGAGAAGCCCUUUCAGUGUACAUUUGAAGGCUGUGGAAAGCGUUUUUCACUGGACUUCAAUUUACGCACACACGUGCGAAUUCACACUGGCGACAGGCCCUACGUUUGCCCGUUUGACGGCUGCAAUAAGAAGUUUGCGCAAUCAACCAACCUGAAAUCUCACAUCUUAACACACGCUAAGGCCAAAAACAACCAGUGAAAGUCGAGGAGAACGUUCUCGAACUCAAAGCAUCUUACAGGAAAAUCAAUUGGAAAGAAAUACGCCUCCCCUUUGUAUAUUGUUUCUAGGAAAGAAUUUUAAAAAGAACCCUACAAAACUAAAGGACGUGUUUUGAUAAGUAGUAAAUAAAAAGCAAAAAAAAACCACACAGAAAACUUGAAGGUGACAUUGCUAAGAUGAUCCACCUUGGUCUGUAACCCCGUUUCAAGAACACGGUGUUUUGUAAAGUGUGGCCCCAGCAGGACGGGUCAGCUCAUGAACUUGCAUCAGAAAAGACAAUUCUUUAUACAACAGUGCUAAAAUUGGACUUCUUUUCACAUUCUUAUAAAUAUGAAGCUCACCUGUUGCUUACGAUUUUUUUUAAUUUUGUAUUUUCCAAGUGUGCAUAUUGUACACUUUUUGGGGAUAUGCGUAGUAAUGCUAUGUGUGAUUUUCUGGAGGUUGAUAACUUGCUUGCGGUAGAUUUUCUUUAAAAGAAUGGGCAGUUACAUGCAUACUUCAAAAGUAUUUUCCUGUAAAGAAAGAAAAGUUAUAUAGGUUUUGUUUGCUAUCUUAAUUUUGGUUGUAUUCUUUGAUGUUAACACAUUUUGUAUAAUUGUAUCGUAUAGCUGUAAUGAAAUCAUGUAGUAUCAAAUAUUAGAUGUGAUUUAAUAGUGUUAAUCAAUUUAAACCCAUUUUAGUCACUUUUUUUGGAGAAAUACUGCCAGAUGCUGAUGUUCAGUGUAAUUUCUUUGCCUGUUCAGUUACGGAAAGUGGUGCUCAGUUGUAGAAUGUAUUGUACAGGCACUGACCGUUUAUUAACACCUGAUAAUAUGUACAUCCCCCAUGUAAUAGAAAGGACAACAAUAAAACAGUGGUCCUAAAGAAAGAAUCUGGCA